CGGUCACUGUCUGUCCUCUGUCUGUCCGUCUCGUGCGUAAUGGCACAGUCCCAGUCUGCAGGAUGGGGAGCAGCCAGUCGCAUCUCCUCACUCACUGAGCUCUGAGAAGUGGACACGAGGAGAAUUUUAACACAUGAAAGCAUCAUGGUCACCUUGGAUUAAAAAGCUAUUUAUUUUUUCCACCUGAAAACAGAGAAUAAAGAAGUCGGGAUGAACAGAGACGGAGAUAAAGGUGCAAAAACUGCGCUCCGGAGCCAAAAACAACCGAGGACGCAGCAGCAGGUUUUGUUGCAGAAGAGGAAGAAAGAUGCUCAGAUUGCCUCCUGCUCCAAUAAGGAGAAACAGUCAGGUCUCUGUGAACCAGGGAAGGAGGUGAAAACUGCGGGAGUGCAGGUAAAGCGUGCGGGGAAAGUGUCAUCCAGUGCCGCAGCAGAGUGCCAGAGGAGCCCCGGCGCGCAGAGGAAACUCUCCGACGCCAGCAACGCUUCCGAGGACCUGAGCAAAGACUCCGGCUGCGUCUCCGGGAAACUCUCCUCCUCCGACAGCAGCUCAGAGAUAUCCGACUGCCCCUCGGAGGGCAUCAAGCAGGACUCUCCAAGCAGCGACAACGAAUUAAGCUGGAUAGACGGGAGAGCUUAUGAGAAUCCGAACAAAUCGUGCGCAAAGGCAGCCAGGGUGUCCUGCGCCCUGCAGCCCGAUGCUGCCGGAGGGGGCCUCACUUUGUUCAACUCCCCGGGGACGUUUAUGGAGCUGAUAAUGGGGGAGACAACCGAGGACCUGGUCAGGGAGGUGGAGGAUUUACGAUCAGAGAACGAGUAUCUGAAAGAUGAGGUGGAGGAGCUUCGCUGUGAGAUGCUGGAAAUGCGCGACAUGUUCCAGGAGGAGGAGGUGUACCAGCUGCAGGAGCUGCGGCUGCAGCUGGAGCAGGCUAACAAGUCGUGUCGCAUCCUGCAGUACCGCCUCCGCAAGGCCGAGCGCCGCAGCAUCCGGGUGGCUCAGACGGGACAGGUGGACGGGGAGCUGGUCAGGAGCCUGGAGCACGACAUCAGGGUGGCAAAGAGCGUAUCCCUGCGCUUGUACAACGAGCUGGAGGCGGUGAAGAAGAACAAUUCCCAGUUGGAGUGGGACAAUGAGACGCUCCGAGAGAGGACACAGGAGCUGGAAGUGGCCAAGCAGGUUUUACAGGCCGAGGUGGAGAAAACCAGAGAGAACUCUGUGAAGAAGAAAAGCAUCAGAUCCACUAAAGCCGAGAGGAGGAUCUCUCAAGCAAUUGAGGAUGACAGCGCUGAUCUCAGGUGCCAACUCCACUUUGCCAAAGAGGAAUUGGCUCUCAUGUGCAAGAAGCUCACCAAACUGGUGUCAGAGAGCGAGGGCAUGCGCGAGGAGCUGGCCAAAUACCACUCGGCCUUCGGCGAUGUAAGCGUCGCCCAAUCACCUGAGGGCAAACACAACUCCGCCCACGCCAGGGAGGCAGAGGUCAAAGUUCACCUGAAGCUGGUGGAGGAGGAGGCCACACUCCUGAGCCGGCGCAUCGUGGAACUGGAGGUGGAGAAUCGUGGGCUGAGAGCGGAAAUGAGCGACUUGAGAGAGAAAAGUGGAGGAGAUGGAGGAGGGGGAGGAGGAGGAGGAGGGGAAGAGGAAGAAGAACAGAAUCGGGAUGUUUUGGAGGAAAAAGUGGGGGCUUCUACGUCAUCGCAAGACAGAGCGGAAAGGGAGAGAAGUUUGAAAAUGGGAUUCAAUGUUUACGAGCAGGAACCAGAAGGAGGUCUGGAAACAUCUCUGCUGUGCAACCAAACCCAAAGUGAGGGGAUGAUCGCUGCUUGUCAUGUGACUCGAGAGGGUCCAGUCGGUGGAGAGUGGGACCCUUCAGACGGUCAGGAGGGCGACCACUACAAUAAAACUGACAGAGGUCUGAAAGGAAUGACGGUGAAAGACUAUGAAGCUCUUCUCGCUCUCAGAGACCAUUCCUGCAUUCUGAGUUCAGCCAUACAGCUCCUGACAGCACCACCCAAAAAUGGGCGUUGUUCAUCUCUGACAGACGUGGACUCGAACGGUAAGGCCCAGAAGAUCUUCCUCCCAGGACCUUUGAAUGAGGCCUUGGAGCUUCUGCGGGACAUGCUGUUGUCUUUCACCGGGAGAAUGGAGACGCUUUUAACAGGAGAGGAUUCCGGCAGAAACUCUAUUUGCAAGGACGGACAUGUUUGGGAUUCCUACUCUUUCUCCUCUCUCUCUGGAGACUGUGCAGAUCCUGACGAGGUCGGUCACAACAUGAGAGAGUCAACAAGUAAACAGGAACAUGUUGAAGACCUCCGCACCUCAGAGGUCAAGGAGAGAGCAACACGACGAGGAUGCUCGGCUCAGUGGGACCUCCUCCACAGCUGCAGGGACCCCAAAAUGCAGCUUUCACUACAGAUUCUGUGGAUCCUCCAUCAGUGGUGUCAGGUUAAAGGACCCGACCUGGAGGGAAAAGAGGGUAAAGAAAGAGCCGUGUCUGUGCUGCGGGGGCUGUUGCAGGAGCUCAGUGCAGAGCUCCAGGAUGAGCGGAUUGAAUUCGACAGCGGAGCCAAGGCCACGCAGGGCCAGGCAGCCGAGAGGGCCGUCAGUGGCAUCUUUGAUGAUGAACGUCCCUGUGAAGCCGACAGGAUCUGCAGCUCUAAAGAGAAAAGACUGAGGCGGCAGUUUUCUCCACGCGGCCCCAAGAGCAAGAACUGGUGCUAUCUGAGCCAGGAGGUCGCCCAGCUGGACCGAGAGGACCCCGUUAAGACGUGGGACCAUCCAAUCAUGCCGCUUAGCUUCCCUGAUCUUGAUUUUGAGCAGAUGUCCAUGGAGAGGAGCCACACUGCCCCGGAGAAGUCGGCGUUCCGCAUCUACUACAGCCCGCCGUCUGCUCGCAGAGUCCAGCUGGCUCAGCUGAAGCAAAGCCCCGUCGCAGACAGAGAGUCGGACAACACUUCCUCUCCCUGGUGCACGCCGCCGACCUCCUUCUCUGCGCUCUGUCUGGGCUCAUCUGCCAACUUGAGCGACGACGUGAAGGAGAUGACGGCCAGCUGGAGGCAGGCAGCUCACGGCGGUCCACAGGAGAAGAGAGGGAGAUUAGCGGGGCGGUGGGUGGACAUGGCCUGCUCGGGCACUCAGACCUACAUGAAGCCAAAGAUGGUGAGUGUUGGUCUGCAGACCGAUGGCCCCCAGGGGCCGGUCGCUGUGAGGAGCAGCCCCUCUCGAGUCCUGAGCCCCUCCUUGGUCUCGGUCCGCUCUCAUUACAUCUCCACCUCGCUGGACGGAGUACCAGGUCGAGUCGAGAGGAACAGAACCUCCACCUCUUCACCUAAACUCUACCGGAGACACUCGUCUUCUUCAACCCACACUCUGAGUUCUUCCUCCUCCACCUCCUCUGUGUCCACCUCGAGAGACCGAGCUCUGUGGAACCAGAACCAUCAAAGCGCCUCUGGCCUCAACUGGACCAGACAAAGCAGUCAGAGACAGAGCACAGGACAGAGCCACAGCUCCCUGAGCAGCGCCAAGCCUCCCACCAAAUCUGCAGGCGCCAACCGUUACGGCCUGGUCACAGAGUUCCUGCGCAGGGUGAGCGGCCGCGCUGAGAAACCAGUGACGGUGUCAGGACCGAAGACAAAGAACGGGCUGAAGAACCUGGAACGCGUUCCCUCGACGAGGCCUCCGGCCGCCUCGCUGCACAGGGCCGACAGCGUGACGAGGAUCGUCAACCAGAGGUUCAUGAAGCAGCGAGAGGAGGCUGGAAAGGUCCAGAGGGACGAGAGAGGCAGCAGCUUGAACCCCAGCUUGAGACGCAGCGGCAGUGCAGAGGACGGAAACUACGACUGCAGCUCCAGCAGCACUCUGACCUUCUGCUUCUCUCGUCCGUCUCGCUGCGCCCAGAGACAAACGUCAAGCCAGAGCAAGCUCCACCGACACAGACUCUCGCCGCCAGUGAGCGCGGCCGCAGGCUCCAACUGUGAGUGAGGAGGCGAGGAGGCACAGCGGCGGCUCCACUGACACUGACAGCUGAGAGCAGGAAAUUCAACAUAUAAUAUUUAAAUGUAAACCUGCUUCACUGCAGGAGGCUUGAACUGGGAGAGGUGGUGUAGACUGUAUGUAGGAGAACCAUGAGUAUAAUGUAAAGUGAUACUCGAAAACUCUUCUCUCCUUUUUACAGAUCAAUCAUUAUGUCAACAAAAGACAAUCUUACAAAUAUUAAAUAUUCCUUAAUGAUUAAAAUUUCAAGCUGACUUUUGCACUUAUAUGGUGAAUUAAUUUUAUAUUAUCUUUAUGUUGUAGAGAUAAACGUCAUGUUUUACUGAAUAAACAUCUAAG